AUUAGCCAGCAAAAACCCAUUUCUUUUUGCAUCCAAACCUUUGAGAAUGAACGUUGUAAUGUCUACCAAGUCUUCACUAAAGUCUCUUCUCCAUAGUGCUGAGAAUGAGCACAACCCACUUACCAUGUCUGAUGAACAAAUUUUGGAGCAAAUUUACUCAACCCAUGUCCACAGUGACACAAAGUUUGAUGUCGACUCGCUUUUCACCCUUGUUGAGAACACCCUUAGACGUUCAACCCACAUUGUUGACAAUGUUGUGCAGGGAUCCCAUGCAAGCUUGGAGCACAUAGAUGACAAGAUCCCCCAAUUCAAUUCACCACUCUGUACCCUGAAGCAAAUUUCUCAUGAGAUGUCAUGCAAGCCUCCAAGUGAGGAAGUUGCUCACAAAACUACGUUGGCUAUACUUAACAAGCUCUCCAACUAUGAGUGGGAUGCAAAGGCUGUGUUGACAAUCGCUGCUUUUGCACUCGAAUAUAGCGAGUUUUGGUUCCUUGCUCAGUAUCAACCAACAGACCCACUUGCAAAAUCUAUUGCUAUUUUGAAGCGAGUGCCAGUGCUCACAAAGCCUGCAGCACUUCAAAAGUAUCGCCAACCAAUUGUUGAGCUCAACAGUUUGGUGAAAGCAACACUGCAAGUGAUUGAGUUAAUCUUUGAGUUGGAGAAGCUUACCACUUACAACACCAAGGAUGUGCCUGCUUUGGAAGAUGCAAUAGAGCAAAUCCCUGUUGAUGUCUAUUGGGCAAUCAUAACUAUCGUUGCUGUAGUUACUCAAAUUGAUUGCCUCACCACUGAAUCAGAGCUCAAGCAAGAAUUGUCUCACUAUGGUCAAAAGAUCAACAUCAUACUCAGCAAACUGAGGAAGCAGAUAACUCUCUGCAGACAACAGAUUGAGGAGGUAGAAUAUUAUCGAAAGCUCAGAAAAAUUCUUCAGACCCCCACUGAAAUAAUGGAGGUGUUCAAGUUUCUGAUUUUCUUCAAGGGUGCUCCUCAGCUACUGUUUGAUGGUGCUACUAAGACCACGGUCGACAUCACUGUGUUAAAAAAGAAGAACGUAUAUCUGUUUGUUUCUUCCUUAGACAUCACGGACGAAGAGAUUUUAGUACUCCGACCAGUUUUUGAUUAUAUUAAAACUAAUGAUGAGUAUAAGAUUGUGUGGAUUCCCAUUGUGGAGCAAUGGACGGAGCAACUGCGCAAGAAAUUUGAGAUUUUGAAAAGCAAGAUGCCUUGGUAUGUGGUGCAACAUUUUGGAAGCAUAGCAGGAUACAAGUACAUUAAAGAAGAAUGGCACUUCAAAAAGAUGCCUAUGGUUGUGGUGUUGAACACUCGAGGAAAGGUGCAACACUCAAACGCAUUCCAUUUGAUUCAGGCUCAUGGAAUGAAGGCUUUUCCCUAUACAUCUUGGAAUGAAGAACAAAUAAAUAGGGAAAUCAAUUGGGUUGGCUCUGUAGUGGGCGGCAUCCACGCGGACGUUAACAGUUGGAUCGAAAAGCAGAAGUACAUUUUCUUCUAUGGAGGUAACGAUAGAGAGUGGAUCCAACAGUUCACUAAGUAUGCGACUGCCCUUGCAAACGACGCUAAUAUAAAGGGCGCAAAUAUUUCCAUCGAGUUGUUUUGUGUGGAAAAGGAAGACAAAAGCUUUGUGAAGCGUUUCUGGAGUGGCAUUGAGAGUUUGUUUGUGACCAAGGUUCACAGGACAGUUGAUGCUGUGACUCAAGAAGUGCAAAAGAUGCUGUCUUACAAGAAUGAGACUGGAUGGGCUCUCCUUAGCAAAGGGCCAGCUGUGGUGUUGAGCGGUCACGGAACCACAAUUUUGAAGACAGUGGCAGAGUUUGAGAAAUGGAAAGAAGUUGUGAUCAAGAAGGGCUUUGAAUUCACCUUCAAAGAAUACCACGACAAGAUUGUUACCACCACUCACCGUUGCUCACACCUCGAACUUCCAAAUGUUGCCGGAAAGUUACCAGAGACCAUCAAAUGCCCAGAUUGUCCUAGGACAAUGGAGAUUUUCAUCAGCUAUAAAUGCUGCCACAAUGGGCAUGCCGGGAAUGCCAUUCGCUAGAUUUCAAUGUGGUUGUCGUGUUUACUUUUCAUGAACGAGUGUGUUAGAAGAAGAGACUUUCCUGUAAAGCUUGUCUUUCAGGAAUAUUAGCUUAUUCAGUAAAAUAAGGAUCACUCUCUAGGAAGAAAUAAAAAUUGUGACUUUCGGUGUAUGUUUGUUUUCUAUGUAACAGGUGGUUGUAAUGUUGAAUCUAAGCAUUCAAUAAGCUUAUCUAUAGAUUAUGUUGAAAUGGUUGAGUAUGUAAUGUUAAGGGAUAGUUAUUUGUGGUUUAGUUAUUUAAAUAAAUAUUUUGUAUUAUUAAUUACAUAAUUAAUUAUAAAUAAGUCUUUCUUUCA